AGAAGGUUGACAUUAAUGUGUUUAUAGGAUGGAUACUCUUCAUAGCCACACUCAAUCAUUACUUGGAAGUCAAUGUUUGGUUACAUUGCUAACGAGCAUAGGGUUUGCAACGUUAUUUUUCACUUGUUGGAUAUCAAGUAUUUCAGUUCGCAACAUAUAUAAUGAAAAUUGCAAUGAAAGAUGGAUUCGUUUAGAUACAGCAGAAUUGAAGAAUGCCUUGCAUGCCAAUGUUUAUGGAGAACACAUUGCCGUGAAGACAGUUGUGACUCAUCUUAAUGCUCAUUUUAAAAAUGAAAAUCCGUCAAAAGCCUUGGCGUUCUCCUUCCAUGGCGGACCAGGAACAGGAAAGACCUUGAUAACCAACAUAUUAGUGAAUCAUUUGUACAAAAAAGGCUUUCAAAGUCAGUUUGUUCAUAUGGUUAUAGCUACUAGAGAUUUUCCUCACAACCAGACUUCAUAUCGAGAUAAGAUGAAACUUAGAAAAUUAAUAGAAGACAAAACAAAACAAUGCGGGCAAUCAAUCUUUAUAUUUGACGAAGCGGAUAAACUAUCACCUGAUCUUUUAAAUAUAUUGAAACCAUAUCUGGAUCACCACGAGCACAUUGACAACAUCGUUUAUAAAAAAGCCAUCUUCAUUUUCUUAAGCAACACAGCUGGUCCAAUGUUGACCAAACACAUGAUUGAUUUCUGGCGUGAUGGCAAGACUCGGGAUGAAAUUAAUUUAAAGGAUUUGGAAAAUAUAAUUGCUGCCUCUGCAAUUAAUUCUAAAGAAAGUGGAUAUUACAAAAGUGAUCUUUUAUCCCAUUAUCUUAUCACAGCAUUUAUCCCAUUUCUACCUAUUGAAAAAGAGCAUGUGGUUCGUUGCAUAAAGCAUCACCUAGUAGCGAAAGGGCAUAAAAACACUUCGAUUAAUACAAUUGAAGAAAUUGCUCAGCAACUUCAGUUUUAUCCAAAUGAAACAGUUCAAAUGUUCUCAGCGACAGGUUGCAAAAGGGUAGAAGAGAAAGUUGAUUAUGUAAUGGGAGAAAAAGAUCAAAGCUGAAUAUGAGUGAAAACAUGAUACAAACAACUGUCCAUGUUUUUUCUUUCGUUAUAGACUACUACUUGCUCGAAAAAUUAGCUUAUCUUUAGAAAGACUUUAAAGUGUGAGGAAUAUUAUCUAUUUCAAAUCUAUACAUAUUCAUUUGUCUUAAU